GGUGGGGAGGGGUGGGGCCGAGCUGGGGCGGCUGCCCUGAGCGGUCUUGGCAUCGGGUCCCGCGGCUCUGCUGCCGGCCACGUCCCCACGCCGGACCGCGGGCGCUUUCCCCCCGCCCGAGGGCCGCCGGGCCGCCGCAAGGCCUGCCGCGCCCGGCAGUGAUCACCAGCCACACUGGUUGGGGGAAGAGGCGGUGAUGGGAGCCAUCAGAGGUUUCCUGAGAGAUCCAUCGAGUUCCCUGAGAUAGUUCAAGAUAUGCUCCAUGAGCACACACACCUCGUGUAUCUAAUUGUGUGUGUGGUUGCACACAUGCACAGGAGCACGUGCUCUUUUUCAAACCCUAGAUGCAUCUUUUACCAGAGUGGAGCAUCUGCCUGGAUCCCACCUGCGCCAUAGAGCAUGCCAUGGCCUGGGAGUGCCCUGCAAAGCUGCCCUCGCCUCCCGCAAAGCCAGACCUCACCCUGCGAGCCCUCAGUGCCAAGCCCUCAGCUCUCCAAGGAAGAUGGCCCAGCUUGGGAGCGCGCCCUGAACAGCUGCCUCUCGUCCCUUGGCCAAGCAACAGGGAGCCCUUAGCAGCCUGAGGCGUGGCCAGCUGGGAGCCUCGGGGACCACCCAGCCUCGCUCCCGGCCCACCUGCAAGAUGUGGACAGCCCUCGUGCUCGUUUGGGUUUCCUCCUGGUCCUUAUCCGAAAGCCUGCACACAUCCAAGCAUCCACUCCUCAACCAAACGUGGGACCAUUUGGAGAAAAACUCAUCCGUGGAAACAGCGACCGAAGUCUUGAACAUGACAGCUGAGAGAAUGACCCCGGCGACACCGCCUCCUGUCACGCUGACCAGAGGGACUUGGGGAGGCGACCACACCUCUCCUGCAGUCACAGCAGGGGCAACACACAGGACAGACGUGGGCACUUCUGCGACGGCUGGAGGGACCCGGGCCGGAGCCGCCUCCAGGCCGCCCGUGCCGCCCGCCCCAGUAUCUGCCUGGAGGACCCCAUCCGUACCUGGCACGUGGUCGCCCGGCAACGGCACGUCAUCUAGGCCAGCGACGGCCAUGCUGCCCACCACACGCACACCGGCCACAAGUGCCCAGCCCGCUGCCACGACCCCCACAAAUGUCAGCAGCCCCGCAGGCUCACACGGUCCUCCCGGGCCCACCGCCAGCCUGACACCCUCGAGUCCCCAAGUACUCAGUGAGUCCACGCAGGGCCCCACCAUCCAGGCGCCAACGCCGACGUCCCGGACUGUGGAUGACACAGCACAGAGGCCCACACCCACCCUCUUAAACACAACCCCGGAGCCCACCUCCGCCUCUGUGGCUUCCAUGUCCACGACCAUGGGCACUACAACCAAGGCCCCCAAGCCGACCGUCAGCACAGCGGCAACCUCCACACCUCACACCAGCCCAGCCCCUGCGGUGGAGGCCACGACCCCCACGACACGGCCCAGCCCUGCCACAUCCACGCCGGGGGCCGCAGGGCCAGGCAUGACUCAGACGCCGGAGCAGGCCGAGCCUGCGGCCACGCCUGGUACUACUUCCCCAGGGCCAACCCCUGGGGACUCUAAGGUGCCACCCACAGACUCGUGCCAGCCGAGUACCCAGGGCCGGUACCUGGUGGUCUCCAGCGAGCCCCUGGCCCUGUCCUCAGUGAACAGAAGUUUCCUCCUGGCGGUGCUCUUGCUGGGGGUCACCCUCUUCAUCACCGUCCUGAUCCUGUUCGCCCUGCAGGCCUACGAGAGCUACAGGAAGAAGGACUACACGCAGGUGGACUAUCUCAUCAACGGCAUGUACGCCGACUCCGAGAUGUGACCUGCGGGCCGGGUGGGCACCACACUUAGCCGGGCCUGGGCCAGGCCCCUUGUGCCCUCCUUCCGGGUUGCCUCUGAGGCCAAACCAAGUGCUUCCAGAUUCUUUUGGUGCAAUUUAGGAGACAUGCCAGAUGCUUAAACACAUUUAAUUGCUGUCAAGAUUAAUUCCAUGAUCACUAAAGAGCGGCUGCUUUUUUCAUAUUUAUUUUUGUAACGAUCAUGUUGACACAGGGCCAGUGGUUCUGCCUCGGGAUGGGGUGGGUGGGCCCCCGGGGUGGGUCCUGACCUGAAUUAAAGCAAUGACCCCUUUCCACUCA